CUCAACUCGAGUCCCAGCCAGCAAAACCAGCACCGGGAUCCAAACCAAGAAAUCCAUCUCCGAGAAUCAGCAGCUGCGGCGGCGGAGAUGGGCGCGGAGUGCCGGUACGAGGUGGCGCAGGCGGCGUACGUCAAGCUCGCACUGCACGCGCUCAAGCACCCGUCCGCCCCCGUCAACGGCCUCCUCGUGGGCCGCCUCGUCGAGCCCUCCUCCACCCCAGCCGUCGUCUCCGUCGUCGACGCCGUGCCGCUGUCCCACCACCCGCAGCACCUGCCGCUGCUCCCCACGCUUGAGCUCGCGCUCACCCUAGUGGAGGACCACUUUGCAAUCCAGGGCGAUGGCCUCGCCGUCGUCGGGUACUACCACGCCAACCCGCGCCGCGACGACGCCGACCUCCCGCCCGUCGCCAAACGCGUCGGGGACCACAUCUUCCGAUACUUUCCCCGAUCCGCCGUGCUGCUGGUCGAUAACAAGAAGCUGGAGGAGGCUGUCCAGGGGAAGUCUCGCGAGCCUGUGGUUCAGUUGUACACCAGGGAUUCAUCAAAAAGUUGGCGUCAGGCUGGAUCUGAUGGGAGCAGUCAGCUGGCUUUAAAAGAACCUUCUAGCAAUGUUGUCCUAGCUGAUCAUGUUACAACAAAGAAAUGGGAGAAACUUGCUGAUUUCGACGACCACCUUGAUGAUAUUAGCAAUGAUUGGUUGAACCCAGGUCUCCUCGACUGAACUUUUAUGAUAUGAUCACUUCUAUGCUUUAUGGAACUUCUCUAGAAAUGCUUGAAGCUGUAUGGACUUAGCUCGGAUUGCAUUUUAAUGUAAACAAGUGAUUUUGUAACAAUUAUAGCCGUUCAAAAUGCAAAGAUCGACAUUGCGAUGA